CUCAGCAUGGUACGUCGCUGCUGUUAGUUUCAAAGUUCACAUAUGAACUUUUUAUACUACACACAUGGUUUAUGAACAAAGCCUGAAUGAAAAAGAAAUUUAAGGGAAAAUAAGUGACAGGUUUGUGGAUAAAAGCAUAGACAAUGGCAGACAGCAAUGAGAUGACCAUCAACCUUGUUGUCCUUGGAAGAACUCAGACUGGCAAAAGCGCUGCUGGGAACAGCCUGCUGGGCAGCUCGGACUUUCAGAGUCACUGCUCCCCUAGCUCUGUGACUACAUGCUGCAGCCUUGGACGCAGCUGCCGCAUUUUGGGUAUUAUACGAAGAAAUGGCUGUGAGCUAGCUCUCCGUGUUCAAGUACUUGACACUCCAAGCUACCCUCACAGUGGUCUGAGCAAAGAGCAAGUGAGAGACACUGUGAGAUCAGCCCUGGCUCACCACUUUAGGGAGGAAGGCCUGCAUCUAGCUCUCUUGGUCCUCAGGGCUGACUUGCCUCUGUGUCCAGAUGAAAGUGAUAAUGCAAUUCAGUUCAUCCAGGAACUUCUGGGCCCCACAUGGAAGGAUUUCACUGCAGUUCUACUUACUCAUGCAGACAAGGCAGAAGAGGCUGGAUUCAGCGAGGAAGCAUACUUGCACAGUGCCUCAAGUACCCUCUUGUCACUUUUGACCUCAGUACAGAAUAAAUACAUUUUCCUAGACAACCAGAAGAGCAUAAUUAAAGAGGAAAGAGAUAUUGUCUUAAGAAAGCUCUUGACCUUUAUCAGACAAAAUAAUUAUCAAGCGCUUCCUCUACUUAAACACAGCAAGGAAUUAAAUUAGUGUUCAGGUCCUCAUUUGUCUGUUUUCUAUGGUAGGUAACAUUUAACAGAAGUAAAAGAGUAGAGUAGAAGCCAUCAACUGAAAAAUUCCACAUCCAUACCAGAUACCUUUAAACACAGAGUUGGAAGUAUCUCUUUAGAUUACCAAACUACUUGCCUUUCAUAGAGUACCUCACACUACUGCAUCCAGAAUUCUAGCUUCAACCAAAAAAAUCAGAACAAGCUAGUGCUCUAAAUCACAGUCCUAAUAUGUAUGUAGUCACAAAUGAGAUUUUACACUAUACCAGACUGUGUAUUGCAGUUCAUACAGAACACAGAUCUGGAAGAAAAAAAAAAAAAAAAAGGUAAAAAAUGCACAAGAGUUCAGAAUGUAAGGGAGCCUCAUUGCCCAAUUCUUCAAGCUUUCAGAAAUUCCUCUGAAUUCCACAGGUUGUAAAGAUCUUUGUAGUAUUAAAAGCUAGGAUUUAUCUACUGUAAAAGUAUUUCCUUACCUUGAUUCAGGAUUAGUUAGAAUUGAGAUUUUGAAUUUCAAGAAUUUUUGUUUAAUAAGACAUUAUUGAGUUACAAGGCAGAUAAAAUAGCUCCCAUGUGCUAAAUGCUAUUCAGCACAUUUAAAAGAACUAAUUACUAUUGCUUAUUCCCAGAUGCAUGAAAAAUUAAGACAGUUUAUAGGCACAUACAAAACUCAUUCAAAAAAGAAAUCUGUUCAUCUGUUCUUUUGCACCUGUUCCUUUUAAUUUUAUAUCACUGUCAUUUUGCUUCUUCUCCUAGUUUACUGGAUGAAGUUCAGAGCCUGCAAAAUUCAGAGUGGCUAAGUUUUUCUUUUUUUUUUUACAGUGGUUAAAAAAAGUACUUAAUGUUUCAGUGGUUAGACAGUAACCAGUUAAUUAAAUAUCAUAUGCCAAAAUAACUGAAGUAUCUCUAAAUAGUUACUUAAAAGGUUUAUUGAAAAUGGAUCUAAAAUACUUAUUUUCAGAUUAUUAAAAGGCAGGAAUUAAAAGAAGUAAUUUGAAGCUAUUACCAUAGCAAUCAUGACUACUUGUACUACAUUAUUAUGGAGUAAUUCUAAUCGUAAAAACUGAAGCAGCUACUUCUGUUAAAAGCAGAGCAUCUUUUGUAUAAAAUAUCAUUGCAUAAAAAUACAUUAAAACAAAAAAUGCAUUCAUUUUA